AUGUCAGUGAAACGUUCUUUAUCACCUGAAUCAAAUGAUCAUAAUUGUAUCACUAAUGAUAUACGUCAAUUAAAACGUUUUAAACUUCAUUCAAUAAUUCAAGAAUUACAAAAUGAAGAAGCUAAGUUAACUCUAUUAAAAAAAUUACGUUCAAGUCAACAAUUAUCAACACGAACAAAUAAAAAUUUAACAACAAUAACAAAUGGUUUUCAUUCUCCAACAACACAUAGUAUUACUCCACCAGUAAAACCAGCACAAUUACCAAUAACAAAUCCACCACCACCACAACAACUACCACCACCAUUACUACUACUACCACCACCGCCACAACAGCAACAACAACAGCAUCAGCAAUCAACAUCAAAUAUAACUCGUAAAGCACCGAAUUCUCCUUUAUUAACAAAUUCUAAUAAAAUAUCAUCAACUCAUCAAUUAGAAGAACAUAAAACUCAAGCUAAAGUAGCUUUACGGAAACAUUUAGAACGUGAUUUAUUGAAUAUUCCAUUACCGAAACCAUCUUUACAAGAUAUUCUUUUCAUUCCAAACGGAAUAAGUCUAGAAUUUCAACCACUUGUUGGUCUUGAAGAUGUUGUACAAUGUUUAAGUGAAUUACAAAAUGAUCGUCAUCGUUUACCACAACGAUUUACUGAUCAUGCACAAAUUGAUCAACCCUAUGUAUGUGAUCAAUGUGGCACAGAUUUUACUAUAAGAUGGUGGAAACAUUUAAAUUCAAAAUCAUCAAAUCAAACAUCAAAUAUUUUAUGUGAUCGUUGUAAAAAACAAGUUACACGACGAAUGUCAAAAUCUGAACAUUCAUCAUUAUUAAAAAAUGUUUUCAUUUCAGCUAUGGAACAAGAAAAAGAAAUUGAUAAACAUUUUAAUGUAUUAAUUAAACAACAAAAACAUUCGUCUCGAUUAUCAUCAUCAACAUCGUCAUCAAAAUCUUCAGCAAUAAAUAAUCGUCAAAUACAAUCUGUAAAAACGACACCAACAUUUAUUCCAUUAACUAAUCAUCAACAUCAAACAACAAAACCAAAACAUUCUUUAUCACAAAAUUUAUCUGCGAAAUUUCCUCAACAAUCAUCAUCAUCAUCAACACGAAAAUCAAAUAAUAAUAUGAUUGUUCAAUCACCAAUUACAACACAUGGAAAUCAUUCUCGAACAGUGCAACAUAAUAAAAUAUCAAUGUCAAUUCCUCCUUCUCAUCAUCAUCAUCAUCAUCAACAACAACAACAAUAUCGUUCAUUAACGAGUUUACCACAACAAACAAAAACGAAUCAAACUAUGAAAAUGUCAAAAAAUGCUGUAAAACAACAAUCAAUUCCGUCAUCUUCUCGUCCGAUGUUUCCACCUAAUCCUGAUUUUAUUAAUUCAUUUUUAUCCCCGAAUCUUGUAAAAUCAUCAAACAAUAAACGACGAACAUUUCCUAACGUUGAAACGAAAUAA